GUGAAAAGCAUUGGCCCGUCCGCUCCCAGAGCCACCAUGGUAGGAAUGGCUGUUGUGUGUGGAGUAGGUAAAGGUUGCUCCUAACCACUGAUACAUGGUCAGAGCUUAUAUCAGCUUCAUAAUAGUUAGGGUAGGAUUGGGGGUAAGGUCAUCUGAUCCUAGAUCUGUGGUGAGGGGUGACUUUCACCUUGAGUGUUCUGUGUGGUGAAGUGCCUCUCCUUGACUUCUAUCUGACCUUUAACCUCUGACCUCUAGCUCCUGUCACUGUGUGUGGUGGAUCAUGUGUGACGUCUGUUUGUGUACAUUCGCUGCCGACCAUCUAGAUCAGUGGUGUGGGAAUGUCGGGUCAGUUGCAAAGAUUAGGAGUUUAUCUUGUCUUAUUGAAAUAUCUCAAACAUAUUGUGAAACUUUUGAAAAAGCUAAUUCCUUAAUUAAAUUCACCCACAGUAGAUUUGCAAGGUCUAUCAACCAGAGAGAAGAUCUCAAGCACAACUAACCCAUAGUGGCACUUUCAGUGACACCUGACCAAAAAGUGGCACUCAAAAGAUGAGCUAUUGCGUAAAAAUAUUUUUUUUAAGUGCUAUUAGUAGGCUAUCAGAUGAUCUUAGCCAAGUGGAAAUGAGAAAAUCUCUUGAUGAUUUUCAUUGCAGUUGACCUGACAAGUAAAGUGUUUUUCUAUUCCAUUGUGUUGUGCCUUAAUAAGCCCAAGCUGUCCCAUACUGUCCGUCUUUUCCUAACCUACUGCCUGGGUCAAAACAGUGUUUUCUCUAAUACAUUAGGCAUGCUUGCUUUAGCUCACCCAGCACACUGGAUCGGUAAUGUUGGCACUUUCGGGACUAUCUAAUUGGUUCCACUAAACCAAGCGCAGCUUAAGUAUUUGAAGGGAUAUAAAUACUAUUUCUACCCAGGUCCUAGCUACUGUACUGUACCAUGUAUGUAUGUAUGUAUGUUUGUUUGUAUGUGCUAUGCUCUUGGACUCUCUCAGUCCCCACCAUACCAAGAGGAGGUCUCUAGAGGUAUGGAUAAAGGCAGCUUUGAAUGAUGUUACUUCUUAUUACUUAAAGAAGACAUCAGAUAAAUCUGUGCUUAUCCUUGCUAGCGACACUACGACCCUUCUCCUGUCCUCACAACCAACAGUCUGAGGGACUACGAGGGAGCUGGUAUGUAAAAAUAUUUGACACAGAGAGAGAUAUUACUUUAUUAUACUGAACAAAAAUAUAUAUGCAACAUGUAAAGUGUUGGUCCCAUGUUUCAUGAGCUGAAAUAAAAUAUCCCAGAAAUGUUCCAUAUGCACAAAAAGCUUAUUUUUCUCAAAUGUUGUGCACAAAUUUGUUUACAUCCCUGUUAGUGAGCAUUUCUUCUUUGCCAAGAUAAUCCAUCCACCUGACAGGUGUGGCAAAUCAAGAAGCUGAUUAAACAGCAUGACCAUUACACAGGUGGACCUUGUGUUGGGGAUAAUAAAAGGCCACCCUAAAAUGUGCAGUUUUGUCACACAACACAAUGCCACAGAUGUCUCAAGUUUUGAGGGAGCGUGCAAUUGGCAUGCUGACUGCAGGAAAUGUCCACCAGACCAGCCACCCAGACAGCUGAUAAAAUUGAGGAGUAUUUCUGUUUGUAAUAAACCCCUUUUGUGGGGAAAAACUCAUUCUGAUUAGCUGGGCCUGGCUCCCCAGUGGGUGGGCCUGGUUUCCAAGUGGGUGGGCCUAUGCUGCGCCCCUGCCCAGUCAUGUGAAAUCCAUUGAUUAGGGCCUAAUACAUUUAUUUCAAUUGACUGAUUUCCUUAUAUGAACUGUAACUCAGUAAAAUCGUAAAAAUUGUUGCAAGUUGCGUUUAUAUUUUUGUUCAGUAUAGUUCUAAUGGAACAGUUGUGGUGUGAAAAUAUGAGGAUAAGGUAUUUUUUCCAGUUGCUGAAUCCUGACAUUGUCUAUUUAUCUAUAUGUGAUUUGAGGAGGCCAAGACAUGGUUGUGAACAUCAUUAUUUUCUGCAUUGUCUAGAGAGACUGUGAGGUCUCUCUAGGUCUCUGUAAGUGUCAGGGAAACUCUAGAAUCCUAGAUUUAAAAAAAACGUUUUAUAAUGUGACAACACCGGGUCACUCUGGUAGAUGAUGAUUCAUUGUCCAUCAUAUUGCUAAAUGAACACACAUUUGUCACCAUAGAUUGGCAUUUAUAGAGGCAAGUGAGCCUUAAAUGCCUUUGGGUUAUUGAGAGAGAUGAGACGAUGAGGAUGGAAUGCUCACUGGCAUUCUAGAACUGACACAUCUUACUGCCAUUCUAAAACAAACACUUAUAUUUUAGCAGAUGCUCUUCUGCGGUGCGAUUUACAGGAGCAAUUAGGGUUAAGUGCCUUGCUCAAUGGCACAUCGACAGAUUUAUCACCUAGUCGGCCCGGGGAUUCGAAUCAUCAACCUUUCGGUUACUUGCCCAAUGCGCUUAACCGCUAGGCUACCUGCCGCCUUUCAUGUAAACAUCUUCCCAGCGUCAAAUAGUUCCCAAUCGUUCUGAUUGUAACGUCAUGCGUAACAUUUCUCCCAGUGUGAAAAUUUAACCAGUUCAAUAAUUGCAUGCGCAUCUCUUUAUGUGGUUGGCUGAGCUUGUGCGGAUGUUUCUCACACCCUUCCUCAACCUCGAAAAACUGUUCUGUGGGCACGCCCAUUUGCUUCAUACAUCUGCCAAUCAAUGGUGGCCAAGAGUAUUGACACGACCAAUCAGAAGCUUGUUGAGGCGUGAGGUCAUCGUAUAAACACCCGGACUCGUACGUCAAAGUCCUGAGGGUUGAUGUGAGGAGAGAUUUUUGGCAAUUGCAAAGACUUGGGCGUUACGGGAGGGUGUGAGAGAAACAUCUGCACGAGCUCUGCCAUCCACAUAAAGAGACGCACGUGCAAUUAUUGAACUGGGAACAUUUUCACGCUGUGAGAAACUUUACAACAUGAUGUCACAAUCACAACACAAUCAGAACGAUUGGGAACUAUUUCACGCUGGGAAGAUUUUUACAUGACACCGCCCACUUCUUACUGGUAUUCUGACAUCGUUUACUGGCAUUCCAGAACAGGCUACUAUUACUGGCCUUUCUAUAUAAUGUAGGCUACUGUAUAUGACUACCUUUUAUAAACAACAUAUGUUUGCCCUAUUGACUUAAUUACCCUGUCAGCUGGCAUAGUCUUCUGCCAGUUAAUCUAGGUCAGGUUCUAAAUGAUUAGCCUAUAGUCUAUAAAAGUCUGGCUGUACUUAAGUCUAACACCCAGAGACUUAAGCACACUGAGUCUAAAAUUAGUUAUAUAGGUCUAAAUUUGGAGGCAGCAGGAUUAGAUAUAACUUCCCAACCAUUAUCACUUGUGCCACAAUUGGGUCAGAAAUAAGCGGUUUCCAGCUUGGGAUGAGCGGAAAGCAGAACGUAAAGGAUGUUCCAUCCACAUGUAAAAUAAAGUCUCCUCGCCCACCGUACUGAAUGAAGCUGGCAGUUAACAUUUAGUGAUUAAAUGUUAAAACUCUUUGUCAGUUGUUAAAUGCCAAGUCCACAGUGGCUCAGCCCUGUGGCGCAGCGAGGUGGAAAAGAGAGGGAGGAGAGGGGGAGGACAGCGGGUGGAGAAGGGCAGGGUAGAUGUGUUGGCAGUGUUUCGAUGUCAACAAAGCCAAUAGGAUAGAGAGACCCCUUGUCUGACACCCUUUCGCACACGCGCACGCACAUACACAUGUGUUUAUUCAAAUACUCAAAUAUACAUUUAAGAUGCAUCUGUGAAAAAGUCAUUGCACAUUAUUUAGAAUGAAAAGAUCAGGCAGGGGUUGAGCAAUUACACCAAAUGUCAUCCUAUAAUUUUCACUCAUAUUAAGCGAAAUUGUAUAAUCAGACUGUCAGGCAAUUAUGUUACCCCUUUACUCUUCAACCAAAAUCAUCCCAAAACUAAAAUUCAUAUGUGAAAGGAUUCAAAUUGCCUGAGAAUGUGGAGGUUGUUGCGUGACUGUGUUUCCGAACAGUCUCUUGUAUUAGGAGGAAAGGAGAACAGUUUGAGUAUGCCAGCUCUGCUGCACCCUGAGGGGCCCUGGAGGGGUGGGGGAUGUUAGGGAUAUCUGGGUUGGGUGGUAGGGAGGGGGAGGGGUUAGGGGGUAGAUACACAGCUGCUCAGCCUAUGCUCACUGAUGACCUUGUUUGUUUUCUGUUUCUCUCUUUUCAAAAGCAUCACUGAUUACUGAGGGUUGGAGUGUUCUCAUUACUGAGGGUUGGAGUGUUCUCAUUACUGGGAAUCGAGUGUUCUCAUUACUGGGAAUCGAGUGUUCUCAUUACUGAUGGAUCGAGUGUUCUCAUUACUGAUGGAUCGACUGUUCUCAUUACUGAUGGAUCGAGUGUUCUCAUUACUGAGGGUUGGAGUGUUCUCAUUACUGAGGAUUGGAGUGUUCUCACAGAAUGUCAUUAACAUUAACGGGAAGUUUAGAAGGAUUCUUAAGUCCCGAGCUUUAACAAGGUGCUCAAAUUGCCGCAUUCAGUUUGAAAGAGAGUCAUGCUAAGAUAUUUAAUGGUGGGCUAUACAUUACUAGGUGUGUAUGCACCAAUUACGCCAUAUUAGUGUGGUUAGCAUUAGUGUUAAGGUUAACUUACCACUUAUCUCCACUGAUGUUACCCACCAUUUUAUCACCCCCACAUUCCUGGAUGUUAUGAUUUGUGUGAUAGGAUAAGUUAUGUCAGGAUAGUGAGUCAGUGUUGGGGCAUCUGGAUGUUAGUAUGCAGGCUCACAUGUGCUGUAUCCCAGGAUGUAUCAGGUGUGAAAAUACUGCAGAUUAAUAUGAUGCAAUAUGUGCCUACAGGAAGAGAGAUGAUGUCAAAUACCUCACGGAACCACACAAGCCGGCAUAAAUAUGCGCUUAUCAUCUCGUUUUGUUUGGAAUGCUGAAAACAUGACUGCCUGACUGGCAACAGACAAAGUGUACAGCUGCAUUAUCAAGAUGCAGACAAAAUACCCACUGUAGCUAUUUAGAUUGGAGACCUGGUUAACCUGUCAAUCAGGAAUAAUCAAUCUACAGUGUAAUUACAUGCUCAGUCCCAGUGCUUAUCUCCUUCUCUCCUUAUCACAUUCAGCUGGCAGAACCAAUAACUGAUACAGCUAAUAGGCAGAUGUCUUUACAAUGACUCAAAUCAAUCAAUAUUUUGCCCAUCACUCCUUUAAAGGGCCAAUGCAGCCGUUUUUAUCUCAAUAACAAGUCAUUUCUGGGUAACAAUGAAGUACCUUACUGUGAUUGUUUUCAAUUGGUAAAAUUGAAAACAAUCAAAUGGUAAAAAAGAAACAAAAAUAGCUUCUUAGCAAGAGCAAGUUCUUAAGCAAAGGUUUUGCUAGGACUGUCUGGGAGUGGAGAUGGGGAAACAGGAAACUAGCUGUUACUGGCAGAGAGGUUUGGAACUCUCUUUCUUAUUGGUCCAUUAACUAAUUUACCGCUUGGUGAUGUCACCAGGCAGGCCAAAACUCCCACCAAAACAAGCUGAAAUUUCAGGCGGUCUUUUUAAACAGCUCUUACACUAAAAGGGCAUUAUCAUCAUUUUCACAGUAUUAUUCCAAACUCAUAGUGUGGAAAUAAAUAUAAAACACAGGAAAAUCAUGGUUUUGACUACACUGGGCCUUUGACCUAACCCCAACCCAGCUACAUUCAUAAAAAAAUAGCUUGGUUACAUUUCAUUUACAUUUUGGUAGUUCUAGGAACGUUCUCCAACUGGUUUGACAUUGGGAAUGUUCUCAAAUAAAAAUGUUCUUCUGUGGGAAUUUCAGCAAAAAAGUUUCCUUCAGGUUUCCUCAUGGUUUUUAUUUAAAGUCGUUCUAAAAUUGUUGCAAGAACGUUAAGAAAACUUUCCAUAAAAACCACAAAUCAACUUUAGUAACGUUCAGAGAACAUUUUAAGAAUGUUAUUUAAAAACAAACAUUCCUUUCUCAGAAUGUUAAGAAAACUUUCCAUAAAAGCCACAAGAAAACUUUAGUAACGUUCAGAGAACGUUCUAAGAAUAUUAUUUAAAAACAUAUACAUUCUGUUCUCAGCAUCAACAAGACCCUCUCUAUCCUAAGUGUGUUCAGGUAUGUUGGCCGCGCCCACUAAUUGGCCACACCUGAUCUUAAUGAGUGCUUGUUUCCUUUGAAAUGGGGUCUGUUUGAAUAGACUAAAAUGAGCAGCUUUGUAUGUGUAACAAAACAUGGCAUGCUAGCUCCAUCCUGGUGGCGCAGUGAACUAAUUCCAUGGAUAGAGAACACAUUAUAGGUUAGAAUCUCACAGAUGCUGUGUCACAAUAAAAAAUUAAUGUGUUUGCAUGAUUAAUGCCUAAAGAAAUGUGUGAUCUGUGCUUGGAAAAAGCUAGCAGUGGUAUUAAGUCUUAUUGAAACAUUCUGUGAAUGUUUUAAGGAAGUUAUUCAAAAACCUAAAAAUAACAUAAUUUCCAUUCUCAGAGGCUUAAUAAAACCUCCUAGGAAAACUUUCAAGGAACCAGACUAACACGUUCUCAGAACCUCCCUGCAACCUAAAAAUAAGUGUUCCCAGAACAGGCGAAAUGUUCACUUCUGUUCUCAGAACGUUUAAAAAACAUUCAAUUUUACUGGUCAGGAAACGUAUGGCUUCGUUCCCACAACCAAUGUGAAACCAAAAACAUAAGUUUCCACAACUUUCAAGGAACCAAUGUGCUAUCUGUGGUGUGUGUGUGUGUGUAUGUGUGUGUGCAUGUGUGUGCACAUGCGUGUGUGUGUUGUCUCUCUCCAACACAACUAAUUGGUCCCCUGAUUACGGCGGGAUCAUUGAACUGGUCCUUCUUCCUUCUUAAUUAGGGCCCAGUGCAGUGCAGGGUCUCUCAGCUCAGCAGAACUUCUCUCUGUCUAUGGGGCUCUCUGUAGUAGCCUACUGUCUCUCUACUGUUUCUCUAUGGGGAUCUCUGCAGUACUGGCUCUCUCUAUUUCUCUAUGGAGGUCUCAGUGCUUUCAAUAUCUGGGCCUGACUGGGCCCUGAAGGGAAGUGACAGUGUCGGGUUUCAGCUACAGGAGGAAACUGUACUUUGAUGGCCUCUGAGUGCUUGUUCUACUGUUUGCCCUAUGACAAGCAGUACGGUCUUAUAUUUUAUGGAGGUUAGUCUUUAUAUCUGGGCACUGCAGUGCCAGCGUAGUUCCAGUGUGAUUCGAGGCCACACCGUCCUGUUGAACCGACGAUUCUUUGUUUCUCUGCUCAUGAGGAAACGUAUUGUAAAUCUCUGACUGGAAUUUUACUUUCCCCACUACAAAGAUCAGUGUCAAGCAACCUUUUACGUAUGGCUAAUGUCUACGCCCACUUGAAUCUAGGUCAUCCAACCCAACACCUCCUCCCAUUCUUUCUAUUUUUCUGCUGCACCCAUACUCGAUUGCAAAAUCCUUGAAUCUAGGACCUUAUUCCUACUAAUUUAAUUAGUUUGGCACUAUACCGAUCACUUGCCUUACCUCCAUACUGAAUUGCCACCCAACUGAUAUUAUAUUUUUUCUUUUGCACCCCAGUAUCUCUAUUUGCACAUAAUCUCUUGCACAUCUAGCAUUCCAGUGUUAAUACUAAUUGUAAUUAUUUUGCAACUAUAGCCUAUUUAUUGCCUACCCUCCAUAACUUGCUACAUUUGCACACACUGUAUAUAUAUUUUCUGUUGUAUUUUAUGACCUUAUGUUUUUUUUACCCCAUAUGUAACUCUGUGUUGUUGUUUUUAUCGCACUGCUUUGCUUUAUCUUGGCCAGGUCGCAGUUGUAAAUGAGAACUUGUUCUCAACUGGCUUACCUGGUUAAAUAAAGGUUAAAUAAAAAAAUAAAAAAAUUUUUUUGUGAGAGACAGAAUAACAACAAAAAAAAACAGAAAAACGCAUGUCAAAAAUGUUAUAAAUUGAUUUGCAUUUUAAUGAGGGAAAUAAGUAUUUGACCCCUCUAAAAAACAUCACUUAGUACUUGGUGGCAAAACCCUUGUUGGCAAUCACAGAGGUCAGACGUUUCUUGUAGUUGGCCACCAGGUUUGCAAGCAUCUCAGGAGGGAUUUUGUCCCACUCCUCUUUGCAGAUCUUCUCCAAGUCAUUAAGGUUUCGAGGCUGACAUUUGGCAACUCGAACCUUCAGCUCCCUCCACAGAUUUUCUAUGGGAUUAAGGUCUGGAGACUGGCUAGGCCACUCCAGGACCUUAAUGUGCUUCCUCUUGAGCCACUCCUUUGUUGCCUUGGCCGUGUGUUUUGGGUCAUUGUCAUGCUGGAAUACCCAUCCACGACCCAUUUUCAAUGCCUUGGCUGAGGGAAGGAGGUUCUCACCCAAGAUUUGACGGUACAUGGCCCCGUCCAUCGUCCCUUUGAUGCGGUGAAGUUGUCCUGUCCCCUUAGCAGAAAAACACCCCCAAAGCAUAAUGUUUCCACCUCCAUGUAUGACGGUGGGGAUGGUGUUCUUGGGGUCAUAGGCAGCAUUCCUCCUCCUCCAAACACGGCGAGUUGAGUUGAUGCCAAAGAGCUCGAUUUUGGUCUCAUCUGACCACAACACUUUCAACCAGUUCUCCUCUGAAUCAUUCAGAUGUUCAUUGGCAAACUUCAGACGGGCCUGUAUACAGUGGGGAAAAAAAGUUCUCCCACUUAAAAAGAUGAGAGAGGCCUGUUAUUUUCAUCAUAGGUACACGUCAACUAUGACAGACAAAAUGAGAAAAAAAUUCCAGAAAAUCACAUUGUAGGAUUUUUAAUUCAAUUAUUUGUUGGCAAUGACACAGGUCAAACGUUUUCUGUAAGUCUUCACAAGGUUUUCAUACACUGUUGCUGGUAUUUUGGUCCAUUCCUCCAUGCAGAUCUCCUCUAGGGCAGUGAUGUUUUGGGGCUGUCGCUGGGAAACACGGACUUUCAACUCCCUCCAAAGAUUUUCUAUGGGGUUGAGAUCUGGAGACUGGCUAGGCCACUCCAGGACCUUGAAAUGCUUUUUACGAAGCCACUCCUUCGUUGCCCGGGCAGUGUGUUUGGGAUCAUUGUCAUGCUGAAAGACCCAGCCACGUUUCAUCUUCAAUGCCCUUGCUGAUGGAAGGAGGUUUUCACUCAAAAUCUCACAAUACAUGGCCCCAUUCAUUCUUUCCUUUACACGGAUCAGUCGUCCUGGUCCCUUUGCAGAAAAACAGCCCCAAAGCAUGAUGUUUCCACCCCCAUGCUUCACAGUAGGUAUGGUGUUCUUUGGAUGCAACUCAGCAUUCUUUGUCCUCCAAACACGACGAGUUGAGUUUUUACCAAAAAGUUCUAUUUUGGUUUCAUCUGACCAUAUGACAUUCUCCCAAUCCUCUUCUGGAUUAUCCAAAUGCACUCUAGCAAACUUCAGAUGGGCCUGGACAUGUACUGUCUUAAGCAGGGGGACACGUCUGGCACUGCAGGAUUUGAGUCCCUUGGCGGCGUAGUGUGUUACUGAUGGUAGGCUUUGUUACUUUCGUCCCAGCUCUCUGCAGGUCAUUCACUAGGUCCCCCCGUGUGGUUCUGGGAUUUUUGCUCACCAUUCUUGUGAUCAUUUUGACCCCACGGGGUGAGAUCUUGCGUGGAGCCCCAGAUCGAGGGAGAUUAUCAGUGGUCUUGUAUGUCUUCCAUUUCCUAAUAAUUGCUCCCACAGUUGAUUUCUUCAAACCAAGCUGAUUACCUAUUGCAGAUUUAGUCUUCCCAGCCUGGUGCAGGUCUACAAUUUUGUUUCUGGUGUCCUUUGACAGCUCUUUGGUCUUGGCCAUAAUGGAGUUUGGAGUGUGACUGUUUGAGGUUGUGGACAGGUGUCUUUUAUACUGAUAACAAGUUCAAACAGGUGCCAUUAAUACAGGUAACGAGUGGAGGACAGACGAGCCUCUUAAAGAAGAAGUUACAGGUCUGUGAGAGCCAGAAAUCUUGCUUGUUUGUAGGUGACCAAAUACUUAUUUUCCACCAUCAUUUGCAAAUAAAUUCAUUAAAAAUCCUACAAUGUGAUUUUCUGGAUUUUUUUUCCUCAAUUUGUCUGUCAUAGUUGACGUGUACCUAUGAUGAAAAUUACAGGCCUCUCUCAUCUUUUUAAGUGGGAGAACUUGCACAAUUGGUGGCUGACUAAAUACUUUUUUUCCUCACUGUAUGUGCUUUCUUGAGCAGGGGGACCUUGCGGGCACUGCAGGAUUUCAGUCCUUCACGGCGUAGUGUGUUAUCAAUUGCUUUCUUGGUGACUAUGGUCCCAGCUGCCUUGAGAUCAUUGACAAGAUCCUCCCGUGUAGUUCUGGGCUGAUUCCUUACCAUUCUCAUGAUCAUUGCAACUCCACAAGGUGAGAUCUUGCAUGGAGCCCCAGGCUGAGGGAGAUUGACAGUUCUUUUGUGUUUCUUCCAUUUGCGAAUAAUCGCACCAACUGUUGUCACCUUCUCACCAAGCUGCUUGGCGAUGGUCUUGUAGCCCAUUCCAGCCUUGUGUAGGUCUACAAUCUUGUCCCUGACAUCCUUGGAGAGCUCUUUGGUCUUGGCCAUAGUGGAGAUUGAUUGAUUGAUUGCUUCUGUGGACAGGUGUCUAUAUACAGGUAACAAGCUGAGAUUAGGAGCACUUCCUUUAAGAGUGUGCUCCUAAUCCCAGCUCGUUACCUGUAUAAAAGACACCUGGGAGCCAGAAAUCUUUCUGAUUGAGAGGGGGUCAAAUACUUAUUUCCCUCAUUAAAAUGCAAAUCAAUUUAUAACAUUUUUGACAUGCGUUUUUCAGGAUUUUGUUGUUGUUAUUCUGUCUCUCCCUGUUCAAAUAAACCUACCAUUAGAAUUAUAGACUGAUCAUUUCUUUGUCAGUGGGCAAACGUACAAAAUCAGCAGGGGAUCAAAUACUUUUUUCCCUCACUGUAUGGAGCAGUAUAAUUAAAAUGGAGAUCACGGUGUGUGUGUGUGUGUGUGUGUGUGUGUGUGUGUGUUUUUAUGUCUGAUGUUUUCCUAGAACAUUAAAUACAUUAAUAUAUUCAACAAACCCUGCCCUUAAGUCUGUGACUUCACUUUGUCUGCAAACAGUCUCUCUCUCCAGAAACCAAACUCUGACAUCAACUGUCAACUCUUCUUUAUAGAAAUAAAAUACGCACAUACACGCCCACUGCCCAUAUACUCUAAUGACACAUUCCAUCUUCCUAUAACAAAUAUUAAAACCCAUGAUGUGAGAACGAGGGUCCUCUCUCCCCUCUCAGCUCUGUGACAGAUGUAAAUGGAUGUUACAGCAGUCGGCACUAAUGCAUUUUUAAACAGGCACAACAGCACACAGUCAAAUGAAUGCAACGGCGGCGGCACUCGGCGGCGAGUCUUCCAUCUAUCUACAGUAUUGUUGCUUUUUCACCUGGAUCACUCUUACGCAUGCACACGCACACACACACACACACACACACACACACACACACACACACACACACACACACACACACACACACACACACACACACACACACACACACACACACACACACACACACACACACACACACACACAGUGGUAUAAAGUACUUAAGUAAAAAUACUUUAAAGUACUACUUAAGUAGUUUUUUUGGGUAUCUGUACUUUACUAUUGAUAUUUUUUACAACUUUUACUUCUACUUCACUGCAUUCCUAAAGAAAAUAAUGUAUUUUUUACUCCAUACAUUUUCCCUGACACCCAAAAGUACUCGUUACAUUUUGAAAGCUUAGCACGACAGGAAAAUUGUCAAAUUCACGCACUUACCUUGGUCAUCCCUACUGCCUCUGAUCUGGCGGACUCACUAAACACACAUUUGAUGUUGGAGUGUGCCCCUGGCUAUUGAACUUAUUUAUACUUUUACUUUUACUUUAGAUACUUAAGUAUAUUUAAAACCAAAUACUUUUAGACUUUUACUCAUGUAGUAUUUUACUGGGUGUCUUUCACUUUUACUUGAGUCAUUUUCUAUUAAGGUAUCUUUACUUUUACUCAAGUAUUACAAUUGGGUACUUUUUCCAACACUGCACGCACACACACACACACACACACACACACACAUAUACACACAAUAGCUGCCAUUUAUCACCUGACUCAAUACGAUGGGAUCUUUAAAGCGGCCAUCUCUCUGCCAUCGCUGCCAUCUAAUUUCAACCCAAAACAAUCCACAUGGUCUGGAUGGAUGGUUGGUUAAGUGACAGGGGCUUAUGCAGAAGGGUGCAAUGUUACAACAUGUUCAUCCAAGCACUCUCACCUUCACUGUUAUCCCACAAUGUCUGAAUCGAAAGAUCAUAAUAUCACGAGGAACGGUCAAACUCAAAUGGGAUGUUCAGAUAUAUUAUUAUUUUAUUAUGGUGUCUUUUUCAUUUUCAAUAAUACAAUUUUUGAAAGAACAAGGACACUCAUGUCCAAUGUCAGUGUGUAUGUGAUUAAGACAUGCUCAGUGUGUAUGCUGCUCCUCUUCUGCACUGUCUCCUCAAUGAUUCCAGUUUGAAACGCUCCAAUGUUCUUUACAGGGUAACGGCUAGGUUACAACGGGACUGAGGAGUCUCCAGCUCUCCAUCCUGCUCCUAUUUUACCUGCCCUUCUUCUCUUUACUAUUUUCUCUCCAUCUUGCUUCACCAUGAUAUCCAUGUCCUUGGCUAGAGGAUGUUAAAUGGAUUCUCUACGUCUGAAUCUAUGUUUAUCAGAUGUUUUUUUUAUUAAGCUUGGUUUAAAGACCACUUUUGAGGUAUAAAACAUCUGACAAACUUUUCUUUCGGGAUGAGCUAUUCCUUUAAUGAUCCCAAUACUAGCUCUCUGCUUGUAUUAACCAUGUCAUUACUUUACAUCAGAUACAAUAUCUGAUAUGCUUAUCUCAUGCACAUUGAAUGAUCCUCUCCAUUGCUGUUUUCACAGGUACCCAUCAGCACAACUACAACCAUGUGGUUCUAGGUAGCCCAACACGCACCCAGAAUGGUAAGGACAGCUAACAGCACUAGCAUCCAGACACAGGGUUAGGUUCCAAUAUCCACUCUAGCAUAGGCUACUACUUAGAAUUCAUGCCCAGUACAUUACUUAGUGUGGAUGUUGAAACAGAGCCACACAGUUAUUUGUAGAAAGACAAAUGUCACUAAAACACUUUUUUUCCAAACCAGGCCAUUCUCUUGAAAAAUAUAGCCCAGAUUUGGGGAAUUAACUUUGAAACACAAAUAUAUGCUACCACUGAUGCCAACCUACUCUUCAAUUUCUCAAAAUCCAUUCUCUUAUUGAAAAUAUACACUACCGGUCAAAGUUUUAGAACACCUACUCAUUCAAGGGUUUUUCUUUAUUUUUACUAUUUUCUACAUUGUAAAAUAAUAGUGAAGACAUCAAAACUAUCAAAUAACACAUAUGGAAUCACGUAGUAACCCAAAAAGUGUUAAACAAAUCAAAAUAUAUGUUAUAUUUGGGAUUCUUCAAAUAGCCACCCUUUGCCUUGAUGACAGCUUUGCACACUCUUGGCAUUCUCUCAACCAGCUUCACCUGGAAUGCUUUUCCAACAGUCUUGAAGGAGUUCCCACAUAUGCUGAGCACUUGUUGGCUGAUUUUCCUUCACUCUGCGAUCCAACUCAUCCCAAACCAUCUCAAUGUGGUCCUCUGUAGCUCAUCCUCUGUAGCUCAGCUGGUAGAGCACGGCGCUUGUAACGCCAAGGUAGUGGGUUCGAUCCCCGGGACCACCCAUACACAAAAAAAAGUAUGUAUGCACGCAUGACUGUAAGUCACUUUGGCUAAAAGCGUCUGCUAAAUGGCAUAUUUUAUUAUAAUAAUUUGGUUGAGGUCGGGGGAUUGUGGAGGCCAGGUCAUCUGAUGCAGCACUCCAUCACUCUCCUUAUUGGUCAAAUAGCCCUUACACAGCCUGGAGGUGUGUUGGGUCAUUGUUCUGUUGAAAAACAAAUGAUAGUCCCACUAAGCGCAAACCAGAUGGGAUGGCGUAUCGCUGCAGAAUGCUGUGGUAGCCAUGCUGGUUAAAUGUGCCUUGAAUUCUAAAUAAAUCACAGACAGUGUCACCAGCAAAGCACCCCCACACCAUAACACCUCCUCCUCUAUGCUUUACGGUGGGAGCUACACAUGCGGAGAUCAUCCGUUCACCCACACCGCGUCUCACAAAGACACAGCAGUUGGAACCAAAAAUCUCCAAUUUGGACUCCAGACCAAAGGACACAUUUCCACCGGUCUAAUGUCCAUUGCUCAUGUUUCUUGGCCCAAGCAAGUCUCUUCUUAUUAUUGAUGUCAUUUAGUGUCCUUUUCUACAAUGUAGAAAAUAGUAAAAAUAAAGAAAAACCCUUGAAUGAGUAGGUGUUCUAAAACUUUUGACCGGUAGUGUAUAUUUUUAUUAACACUAGAAUCAUAGAAGUGUCACAUUUCAUCAUCAUGACCAUGUAUUCUUUUGAAUGCAGUGAAUAAAAAACAAAUGAAUAUCUGCCUAGCCACUGUCUAUCACCUACUAAAAGGAAAUGCGAUCGGCUGGGCAUCAAGUUAACGUCCUUUUAAGGUCAAGGUGUCCCAGCUAUAGCGUUCUACCAUAGAACACGUUCCUCCUCAGAUGAUUGACCCGGUCAUUAGAAGAUGGAGUGCUAUUACUGUAACUCCUUCUCUCUGUGAGGAAAUCACCCCCAGCUUCAUUACAUUUACGGAUUUUCUUCUGCCAAUUUUCUCUAUUCAUUCACAAGAGCUGGGUUUAGGGGGGAUAGAGGCUGAUGGACAGAUAUGAGGAAGAGUGCUGGUUGCAUAAGGACAAAGGGUGAGGCGAGGAUAAAGAAGAAAGAAAAAGAGAGAAAAUCCAAUGUCUUUGUGUUUGUUUAACAUUGGAUUGGCCUCUCUGGCUUGUUCAGUGUCUGCUCAACCCUGCAUAGAAGCCUUCCCCUCCAGUGCUUCCGUUGAGUUUUAAGGAGAUUCUGUAGUCGUAACACAUCUGCUCGUGUGUGUCAAUUCAAUGUGUGUUGCAUUACACACUGCUAAACCAGAUGAGUGAGCCAUGAAAGAAAUCCCUAUGAAUUCUAUGGGAAACAUGAGAAAUCCAUUCUGACAACACAUCGAACAAACACGCUUUGAUCACAAGCCACAUAAAAGGGCUUGGUAUGCCAGUGUGCUGUGUUGCUUAGAUAAGGCUGGCUAUAUAGCUAGUGCAACCUCUGAUAUCCUCUGUGUGUGAAGCAACUGCUGACUUUCUGUCAAUUAAAGAGGGUGUAAAUAAAUAUGUUCAUUGCCCAUAUAAGGCAAAUUAUUACUAUAUCUAAAGGCACAUUAGAUGUUGGUCUGUUCCAAAUACAUAAAAAUUAUAUACAUCACUGGUUUUUAUCCAGAGCUAAUUGCUGGACUGAUGGUGUUGAAUGAGGUGUGUGUUGGUGGGGUGUGUGUUGGUUGGGUUUGGUCUGAAUGCUGUUUCACACCAUCAACAUGUUUCUGAACUGUUUGUUUUCCCCUUGGGUGGGGUAGCUCACCGAUCAUUGAGACGGGGUAAGUCACACAUAAAGCCACAUAUAUGAACUCACACACGCACCCUUCCAUUCACCCCCACACCCUUCCACACACUCACCCAACCUUCAACCUUUGUACCUUCCCCCGUCCACAUAGUCCGUGGUGUGGCUGUACUGUGCGUGGUGAUUUAGCAGUGACGUGUGUUUCUGGUUAUGGAGGUAGCUAACAGCAUGUCACAGUGUGAGUCUAUUUUCCCUGUGUGGAGAGAGUAUUGCAGACACUUCUUUCACAGCUGGGUCUCUGUCCUCCCAAAACUCACCCCCCCACAGUUCUCUCCGGACCCCUGCUGUCAUCUGUCCUUCUCAAACUUCUCAUUCUCCCCCCCCCCCCCCCAACUCUCUCCUGCAGCAGUCACCCAUCCCUCUAAUUUUAUCUGGCUGCUGGAGCCUGGACUUGAGCCGCACCCUGCUGCCCACUGCUCUGUGUGACAGACUCACAGCCAGCAGGGGAGAGAGAGAGAGAGAGAGAGGGAGAGGGAUGCAGAGAGGGAGGGAUAAAGAGAGUAGUCAGGGGGAGAGAGCGCGGGAGCUAGGAGAGAGAGCGGGAGCUAGGAGAGAGAGCGGGAGCUAGGAGAGAGUAGGAGAGAGAGGAGCAGGAUAGAGAGAGGGGAGUUUGAAAGGAAAAGGGCAAAGAGAGAGAGAAAGAGAGGGAGAGAGGGACCAGAGUCCCAGUAUGCCCCUCUCUCUCUCUCUGGCAUCACAUCGCAUCAGUCAGAUGAGUGGGUUGCUGCCCUUUCCUAGCCCUCUCCUCAUCCCACUCCCCAUCCCUCUCCUCAUCACUCUCCCCACCCCACCCCACAUCCCUCUCCCCACCCCACCCCACAUCCCUCUCUCCACCCCACUCCCAUCCCUCUCUCCACCCCACCCCACCCCUCUCCCCAUCCCUCUCUCCACCCCACCCCACCCCUCUCCCCAUCCCUCUCUCCACUCCACCCCAUCCCACUCUCCAUCCCUCUCUCCAUCCCUACCCCACCCCACCCCUCUCUCCACCACACUCCCCAUCCCUCUCUCCACCCCACCCCACAUCCCUCUCUCCACCCCACCCCACCCCCUCCCCAUCCCUCUCUCCACUCCCUCCCCUCCCCACCGUCCCCCACCCCCCACUCCCCAUCCCUCCCCCCCCCACAUCCCCUCCCCCAACCCUCCUCCCCCACCCCACUCCCAUCCCUCUCCCCAUCCCCCACCCACUCCCCAUCUCUCUCCCCACCCCACUCCCCACCCACUCCCCACCCCCCACCCCACUCCCCCACACCCCCCCCCCCAUCCUCCCAUCCCCACCCCCCCACAUCCCUCCCCCCCACCCCACACUCCCCACCCUCCCCAUCCCCCCACACCCCCCCCACUCCCCACCCCACUCCCCACCCCAUCCCCCACCCCCCCCACCCCACCCCAUCCUCUCUCCACCCCACCCCACUCCCCCCCCAUCCCCCACCCUCACUCCCUCUCCCCCCCCCCCACCCCACAUCCUCUCCCCACCCACCCCACCCCCAUCCCUCUCCCAACCCUCUCCACCCCCACAUCCCUCCCCCCCCCAUCCCACCCCCACAUCCCUCUCCCCCCCCCACAUCCCUCCCCCCUCCCACUCCCAUCCCUCUCCCCCAUCCCUCUCCGCCCCCCCACCCCUCCCUCUCCCCAUCCCUCCCCACCCCACUCCCAUCCCUCCCCACCUCCCUCCCACCCCACCCCGCUCUCCACCCCCCCACUCCACCCCUCCUCUCUCCACCCCACCCUCUCUCCCACCCCACUCCCCAUCCCUCUCCCCACCCCUCUUAUCCACCCCACUCCCCACCCCACAGGGUCACUCUGAAGCAGACAUCCGUUGUUUGAUGUGGUGUUGUUUUUGGUCCGUUGUCACCUCCUCCGUGCCAAACAAUCCCAGAGUGCAUAAUGACCACCUCUCUCAACCCACGUCCCCUAACCCCCCUCUCCUUUCAGCCCACCCUCCACCUCCCAGACUCCACCAAACGCUUUCUAAACAAGUUCCUGUUGGAUGACCACCUCCCCUCACUCCCCUCCCUCCCUUCCUCAGCAGCUGUGCUCUGCCAUCGUUGCCUUUGGUCUGACUCCGGAUAUGUUUUAGGAAGCCUGCCCAUUUUCCCUUUUGUUUGUUUUGCUGUGUCUCCCCAGAGAACACUAGGAUGAGUGGCAUCCUGACCUCGCAGACGGAGCCGUAUGACCUGUCCUUCUCACGCUCCUUCCAGAGCCUGUCCCACCUGCCACCCACCUACGAGGCUGCCGUCAAGGCCGACCUCAACAGAUACUCCUCCCUCAAGAGACUGAGUAGGUCCUCGCCACAGCAUAGUCCACCAUUAGCAGAAACGCUGACAGGGCUCCCACUGCCUCGCUCAAUGACCUGCAUGUUAAAAACUCAAAUGCAUAAGUUAAUGCCUGCUCUGGCAUGUUAAAACUCUGCAUUCGUCACUCGACUCGUUACUUGACUGGCAUACGUUUAUGAAGGAUUAUACCAUACACCCCUUAAAAUGUAGGUUUUUUAAAUAUUUUUUUUAUUUUUAAUUUCACCUUUAUUUAACCAGGUAAGCCAGUUGAGAACAAGUUCUCAUUUACAACUGCGACCUGGCCAAGAUAAAGCAAAGCAGUGCGAUAAAAACAACAACAACACAGAGUUACAUAUUGGGUAAAACAAAACAUACAGUCAAUAACACAAUAGAAAUAUAUAUACAGUGUGUGUAAAUGUAGUAAGUUAUGGAGGUAAGGCAAUAAAUAGGCCAUAGUGCAAAAUAAUUACAAUUUAGUAUUAACACUGGAGUGAUAGAUGUGCAGAAGAUGAUGUGCAAAUAGAGAUACUGGGGUGCAAAUGAGCAAAAUAAAUAACAAUAUGUGGAUGAGGUAGUUGGGUGGGCUAAUUACAGAUGGGCUGUGUACAGGUGCAGUGAUCAGUAAGCUGCUCUGACAACUGAUGCUUAAAGUUAGUGAGGGAGAUAAGAGUCUCCAGCUUCAGAGAUUUUUGCAGUUCGUUCCAGUCAUUGGCAGCAGAGAACUGGAAGGAAUGGCGGCCAAAGGAGGUGUUGGCUUUGGGGAUGACCAGUGAGAUAUACCUGUUGGAGCGCAUACUACGGGUGGGUGUUGCUAUGGUGACCAAUGAGCUAAGAUAAGGCAGGGAUUUGCCUAGCAGUGAUUUAUAGAUGACCUGGAGCCAAUGGGUUUGGCGACGAAUAUGUAGUGAGGGCCAGCCAACAAGAGCGUACAGGUCACAAUGGUGGGUAGUAUAUGGGGCUUUGGUGACAAAACGGAUGGCACUGUGAUAGACUACAUCCAAUUUGCUGAGUAGAGUGUUGGAGGCUAUUUUGAAAAUGACAUCGCCGAACUCAAGGAUCGGUAGGAUAGUCAGUUUUACGAGGGCACGUUUGGCAGCAUGAGUGAAGGAGGCUUUGUUGCGAAAUAGGAAGCCGAUUCUAGAUUUAACUUUGGAUUGGAGAUGCUUAAUGUGAGUCUGGAAGGAGAGUUUAUGGUCUAACCAGACACCUAGGUAUUUGUAGCUGUCCACAUAUUCUAAGUCAGACCCGCCGAGAGUAGUGAUUCUAGUCGGGCGGGAGGGUGCAAGCAGCGUUUGAUUGAAGAGCAUGCAUUUAGUUUUACAAAGUUGGAGGCUACGGAAGGAGUGUUGUAUGGCAUUGAAGCUCGUUUGGAGGUUUGUUAACACAGUGUCCAAUGAAGGGCCACAUGUAUACAAAAUGGUGUCGUCUGCGUAGAGGUGGAUCUGAGAGUCACCAGCAGCAAGAGCGACAUCAUUGAUAUACACAGAGAAUAGAGUCGGCCCGAGAAUUUAACCCUGUGGCACCCCCAUAGAGACUGCCAGAGGUCCAGACAACAGGCCCUCCGAUUUGAAGAGGGGGAUGACCGCAGCAGCUUUCCAAUCUCUGGGGAUCUCAGACGAUACGAAAGAGAGGUUGAACAGGCUGGUAAUAGGGGUUGCGACAAUUUCGGUGGCUAAUUUUAGAAAGAAAGGGUCCAGAUUGUCUAGCCCAGCUGAUUUGUAGGGGUCCAGAUUUUGCAGCUCUUUCAGAACAUCAGCUGUCUGAAUUUGGGUGAAGGAGAAGCGGGGAGGGGGCAUGGGCAAGUUGCAGCGGAGGGUGCAGAGCUGGUGGCCGGGGUAGGGGUAGCCAGGUGGAAAGCAUGGCCAGCCGUAGCAAAAUGCUUGUUGAAACUCUCGAUUAUCGUAGAUUCAUCGGUGGUGACAGUGUUUCCUAGCCUCAGUGCAGUGGCCAGCUAGGAGGAGGUGCUCUUAUUCUCCAUGGACUUUACAGUGUCCCAAAACUUUUUGGAGUUAGUGCUACAGGAUGCAAAUUUCUGUUUGAAAAAGCUAGCCUUUGCUUUCCUAACUGAUUGUGUAUAUUGGUUCCUGACUUCCCUGAAAAGUUGCAUAUUGUGGGGGCUGUUCGAUGCUAAUGCAGUACGCCACAGGAUGUUUUUGUGCUGGUCAAGGGCAGUCAAGUCUGGGGUGAACCAGGGGCUAUAUCUGUUCUUAGUUCUGCAUUUUUUGAAUGGGGCAUGCUUAUUUAAGAUGGAGAGGAAAGCACUUUUAAAGAACAACCAGGCAUCCUCUACUGACGGAAUGAGGUCAGUAUCCAUCCAGGAUACCCGGGCCAGGUCAAUUAGAAAGGCCUGCUCGCUAAAGUGUUUGAGGGGUGGUCGUUUGACCGCGAACCCAUUACGGACGCAGGCAAUGAGGCAGUGAUCGCUGAGAUCCUGGUUGAAGACAGCGGAGGUGUAUUUAGAGGGUAAAUUAGUCAGGAUGAUUAUCUAUGAGGGUGCCCAUGUUUACGGAUUUAGGGUUGUACCUGGUAGGUUCCUUGAUCAUUUGUGUGAGAUUGAGGGCAUCUAGUUUAGAUUGUAGGACGGCCGGGGUGUUAAGCAUAUCCCAGUUUAGGUCACCAAGCAGUACGAACUCUGAGGAUAGAUGGGGGGCAAUCAAUUCACAUAUGGUGUCCAGGGCACAGCUGGGGGCUGAGAGGGGUCUGUAGCAAGCGGCAACAGUGAGAGACUUAUUUCUGGAAAGGUGGAUUUUUUAAGUAGAAGCUCAAACUGUUUGGGCACAGACCUGGAUAGUAUGAUAGAACUCUGCAGGCUAUCUCUACAGUAGAUUGCAACUCCGCCCCCUUUGGCAGUUCUAUCUAGAUUAGCCUUCUGAUGUUAACAUGCAAGAAACCAAGGCUUUUACGGUUACAGAAGUCAACAAAUGAUAGUGCCUGGGGAGUAGGAAUGAUACUGUGGGUUACAGGGCCUGGGUUAACCUCUACAUCACCAGAGGAACAGAGGAGGAAUAUAAUAAGGAUACGGCUAAAGGCUAUUGGUAGGAUACUUAAAAAUAAAGGUUAAGUUAUCUUUCUCUGAAAGGGUCCUAAUAUUCAGUGCCUGUGUAUCAGCAUUCACUCCAGAAAGCACACAGAGUGUCUGGAUGAGAGGGCACAGACAAUUAAAAAUACACAUUUCAUUCAGCUCCUCAAAACCGUGAGUCACUGGUAUUCCAUUCCAAUACACCACACAGUCACUCUCUCCCCUUAAAGAUUUCUCUUUAGAAAAGCAGCAGCCACCAUUUCUCAGUGUGAGCAUUUAACGGCAUUAAGCUCUGUGCUAUGUAUUGAUUCAGUGUACUACACUGGCUUCAUCUCUUCAUAUUGAGGGGAACGCAAAUAUUCCUUAAGGCUUGUGGAAUUGCAUCAUUGCUGUCCUACUUACAUUUGAGUAAUUUAGCAGAUGGUCUUAUCCAGAGUCACUUACAGUAGUGAGUGCAUACAUUUUCAUACUGGUCCCCUGUGGGAAUUGAACCCACAACCUUGGCAUUUCAAGCACCAUGCUCUACCAACUGAGCCACACGGGACCAACGGGAGCGAUCUGAAUCUAUUGUACAACUCAAAGUCGGUGCUGCUAAAACUUCUGUAGUGGAUUUUUAUUAUUUUUCAGUCAACAUACAGCGCACACACACACACAAAUGCGAGAUCUAUUCAACCAAAAAAAAAGCACCUAUCGAGUUUACAGGGUCUAAUGGGGAGACUUGAAAUCCAUAAAAUGUAUUCCAAAGUGAAGGAUCUGAGUCUACAAUUGAUCCCAUCAGUGCUAGCUAUCUCUAGAGUGGGUCAAAAUCGUUAUACAUGUGCCAGUCUCAGGUGUCUCUUGUGCUUGUUAAUGUCCAAUAGAAAUCGGACUGCAUAUUGAUUGGAACAUGCUAUGUCAUUGCUUGGGAAAUGUCAGUGCUUGGGAAAUUGUCUCAAUAAGUAAUGUUACAAAAUGCAUGGUGAAUGUUGUUGUUGUUGUUAUUCUGGAAAGCUGAUUUGUUUAACAGUUUUUAUUGUGUCGAGUCCCACAAUCCAGUCAAAGCCAUAGAAUAAUCUCUGCCGCCAUGUUAAAACUUGAAACUGUCCUCAGGCAAUGCCGGCCUAGCUGUUUUUAUCUUUUUCCAAAGCAAAUCAUUUGCAACAGCAAAUAGCCAAAAGGCAUCUUUCUACUGAUAGAUAAUGUAGGAUAGAGCCAGAGGCGAGAUAGAGCCGCAUUUCCUUUAUUGGAAAAAUGAAAUGGCAAAUCUCAGCGUCUACUAAUUAAUAUAAAUUGAUGUAUAAAUUGAAAGUAAAGCAUACAGUGUCUCUGCACAGUACAUAUCAUAAGUUAUUAAUUCAUUCCUUUUUCAGAAGAGUUUUUGCCUUCUUCCCAAUAGGGAAUUCAAACGCAUUACAUUUUUCACUAAUCUAAAAAAAACAGCUUUAGAGAAUUAAUGAUGACAUCUUUCUUUUCUUUGCUCUUUUAUUCAUUAGUGAGAUGUAUAUUUAACCGAUUCAGACUAAUUUCUUAAAUAACACACAUAUAUUUCAUGCCAAUUAAAAGCCUAUAUAUAUUUUAUAUAUAUGUAUAUUUUUGUUAUUCAUCUGGUAAUACGCUUUAGCUAAUCCCCUUUUAGCGCCCUGUCAUAAUUGACAUUUGUGUGAAAGGAGUGAUCAGCCUGAGGUGUAUUAGAAGCCUUGUGACCAUAAUUGACGCAGCUGGAUAUAUUCUACAAUGGUGUAUUCUUGUUCUCUGGAUUCUGGAGAGGUGUUUUAUUAUUAAUUCAUGAAUAAUUAAUAUUAUUAACGGAUUCAUGUUAUUAAAGUUCAUCUCCAUCUCACUUUAGCAGUAAAACAUUCAAAGCCAAAGUGAAAAAGAACAGACUCCAAGGAAGACAACUGUCCAGUGACGUUUGUAUUUUUGGGCGUGAACUUUAAAGGUUUCCAUUUUUUCUAUAUAUAUCAUUUCUGCAGCAGCUUUACUUAGUCAUGGGCGGCAGGUAGCCUAGCGGUUAGAACGUUGGGCUAGGAACCGUGUUUUCUAAUACUGGAGCCGACAAGGUGAAGAAUCUGCCGAUGUGCCCUUGAGCAAGGUACUUAACCCUAAUUUGCCCCAGGGGUGCCGUACUACUAUGCCUGACCCUGUAAAACAAAACAUUUCACUGCACCUAUGUGACCAUAAAACAUAUUAUGUGACCAUAAAACAUAUUAUGUUUUUAUAUAUUUUUUGACUGGAUGUUUGUGUGUGUGUGUGUGUGUACAUCUGUGUGUAUGUGUCUGUGUGUGUGUGUGUGUGUGUGUGUGUGUGUGUGUAGCGCAUGUGAUUGUGUGUGUCUGACUAUGUCAAAUCCGUACGUAUGACUAAUGGUUGAAGCAUGGUUCCCAGUGAGUCUCCUUUAUAACACAUACAAGGUGUGAGGGUGUGAUAUCACACAUCCUGCCAAGACAAUCUGGAGGCAUGUACAUAUCUCUAGACCUGUACUUGUACACAACCUCUAUCCAUGUUUGGUUUGAUAAUACAUGAACGUGCAGAUGAAUUUUCAUCCAUGUAAUGUGAUCUAUCGUCAUUUCAAUUAGCCUUUGUGUAUGACAUUUCUGUGUGGUGUAUGCAGUAUGACACUGUUUGUUAACAGACUUUUACGCAACGCCAGAAAUGCCAGUAGAAUCAUAGAUGGGGCCAGAAUUGUCAUAUUCUCGGAGCAACCUUCAGACCCUCUAUUCUAUUUCCUUUACUUCCCUUUUCUCUCUUUCCCUCCUACUCUCUCUCUACCUUCUCCCUCCCUCUUUCUCUCUCCUAAUCCCCCUCUUCCGUCUCCCUCUCCGUCUCUCCACAGCGGAUAAAGAUGUCGACGACUACUACACCCGCAAGCGUCACCUCCCUGACCUGGCAGCCAGAAGCACCCUGCCCUUACACGUCAUCAAAAUGAACCAGGAACAAGUACUGUAUCUACGUAUAAAUCUGCAUUUUAUUUAUGCAGUGGUGGCUGUUUAGUGCAUGCAUUUACAAAAGUCCCAAGCCAUUGAAUUUAUCAGGAGUUGACUGUAUUUUCAUCCAUUCCUCCAGCAGCAGCAGCAGCUCCAGAGCCAGCCCCCCCAGCCCCAGGUGGCCCAGGCCCCACCCCAGCAGCCCCAGGCCCAGCAGGCCCCCAGGAGACAGAGGCCUCCCCGAGUCCAGAGGGCCAUGUCCCAGGACCGGGUCCUGUCCCCACACCGAGGCCCCCAGCAAGACUACAGCAUCUCCUACGGGAUGGGGAUGACCGAGCAUGGAGGACGAAUCCUGUCUGAUGAGCAGCUACUGUCUGCCGAGAGGCUGAGGUCCGAGGAACGCCUGCUUCCUCAGGACCGCUUGAUGUCCCAGGACCGGCUGUACUCCAAGGACCGCAUGUACUCCAAGGAUAGGCUAUUACAAUCACAAGACCACAUGUACCCUAAAGACCGCCACUUCUCCCAAGACCGCCUCUACUCGCAAGACCGCUUGUACUCCCAAGACCGCCUGCUAUCUCAGGAUCCUCUGAUCUCGCCGGACAAAAUGAUGAUGUCGCUGAAGCGCGGUGUAGUCGGCAGUGUGUCCGGUGGUUUCCGGGGCAACAACGACAAGUUGAUGUCGCACGCCAUCUCGCACCCGGACGUGUUCAUGCCGACGACGCCACUCAUGGACCGCUACAAGAUGACCAAAAUGCACUCCCAUCCCAGUGCCUCGAACAACGCAGGAGCGGGGGGCGGAGCAGGACCAGGACCAGGGGGACACUCCAACACACUAGCCAUGAACCACACGACUAAUAAGAGGCAGCAGUUUGCCUCUAGAAGGACCCACACUGUGGAGCAGCUCCACUACAUCCCCCAACAGCACCACCAGCAACAGCAGCAGCAGCAGCACUAUCGCACAGGCAGCAAGACCGAAGUGACUGUUUAA